AUGAAUUCUGAUUCGAGCUCUGUCUCCAGCAGAGCUUCAUCGCCGGACAUGGAUGAGAUGUAUCUGAGGGAACACCACCACCGCCACCACCACCACCAGGAGAGCCGUCUCAACUCGGUCUCCUCCACGCAGGGCGACAUGGUGCAGAAGAUGCCCGGGGAAAGCCUCUCGCGGGCCGGCGCCAAGGCCACCGGCGAGAGCAGCAAGUACAAAAUCAAGAAGCAGCUGUCGGAGCAGGACCUACAGCAGUUGAGGCUGAAGAUCAACGGUCGGGAGCGCAAGCGGAUGCACGACCUAAACCUCGCCAUGGACGGGCUGCGAGAGGUCAUGCCCUACGCGCACGGGCCCUCGGUGCGCAAGCUCUCCAAGAUCGCCACUCUCCUGCUGGCCAGAAACUACAUCCUCAUGCUCACCAGCUCCCUGGAGGAGAUGAAGAGGUUGGUUGGCGAGAUCUACGGGGGCCACCACUCUGCCUUCCACUGCGGGACCGUGGGCCACUCGGCCGGCCACCCCGCGCACGCCGCCAACGCGGUGCACCCCGUGCACCCCAUCCUGGGCGGCGCGCUCUCGUCCGGCAACGGCUCGUCGCCGCUGUCCGCCGCCUCGCUGCCGGCCAUCGGCACUAUUCGACCUCCCCACUCGCUGCUCAAGGCGCCCUCCACGCCGCCCGCGCUGCAGCUGGGCAGCGGCUUCCAGCACUGGGCCGGGCUGCCCUGCCCCUGCACCAUCUGCCAGAUGCCGCCGCCGCCGCACCUUUCCGCUCUCUCCACGGCCAACAUGGCUCGGCUGUCGGCCGAGUCCAAGGACUUGCUCAAGUGA